GUACCUCAUCAAGAUCUGACUUCAAACCCCAACAUCAGAAUACGAAAGAUGUUGGAGACUCCACAUUUUCUAAGAUACUUGCCAAAACUGUUGAACUAUAUGUUUAAAGUACUAUGGCAGUCUGUAGUGCUGUGUUUAACAGUGUUGAUGACAAAGAAAUCUUCACAUAUUUUACUGCAGAAUCCUCCAGCUAUUCCUACUCUGGCGGUGUUGUGGGUGGUUUGUCUGUACAGGGACAGUAGGCUAAUAGUGGAUUGGCACAACUAUGGCUACACCAUUCUUGGGCUUACUUUAGGAAGCAGGCAUCCUUUGGUGAGAUUUUCAAAGUGGUAUGAGGGUUUCUUUGGACGUCUAGCAGAUGGCAACAUAUGUGUAACUCAAGCAAUGAGGGAAGAUCUGGCAGAGAAAUGGAAUAUUAGAGCUGUAACAAUGUAUGACAGACCACCAUUGAUAUUCCAAGAAUGUGAUCAGGAAAAGAAACAUGAAUUAUUCAGCAAACUCAAGAAUGAGUAUAGCGUUUUCAAAGAUAGCAAUGGACAGUCAGUUUUUGUGGAAAAAAUGGAGACUGGAGAAAUUUUGGAAAAAGAUGACCGCCCAGCUUUGUUGGUCAGUAGCACUAGUUGGACAGAGGACGAAGACUUCUCACUUCUAUUGUCUGCCUUGGAGAAAUAUGACCAAGCAGUACAAAGUAACAGAAACCUCAGGCUGCCUCAUAUUAUUUGUGCAAUUACAGGAAAGGGACCACUGAAAAAAUAUUAUCAAGGCAAGAUUGAAGAGAAGAAUCUGAAGCAUGUGAAAAUCUGCACCCCAUGGCUGGCUGCAGAAGACUAUCCAAAACUACUAGGAUCCGCUGACUUGGGUGUGUGCCUCCAUACAUCUUCCAGUGGCCUAGACCUUCCGAUGAAAGUUGUAGAUAUGUUUGGAUGUUGCUUACCUGUCUGUGCCAUUCAUUUUAAAUGUCUUCAUGAGCUGGUGAAACAUGAAGAAAAUGGAUUAAUUUUCCACAAUGAGAAGGAACUUGCUGAACAGUUGCAGGAGCUCCUUGCAGAUUUCCCAAAGACAACAAAACUAAAAAGAUUCAACAAAUGUUUAAGAGAAUUCCAGAAAUUGAGGUGGAGUGAAACCUGGAAGGAGCAAGUGUGGCCUCUUUUCAGAUAGCAAACAUCUGCUGGAUCUUUUGGAAUUCAGUAGAAAAACUGUUACUGGCCUUGCAGUUAUAUGGUUUAAUAACAUUGUUAUCCUUAAAAGGAAUAUAUAUGGAUCUUGAAGUUGAGCAACAUUAACUUUGUCACUGUCGGUGUUUUUUUUUUUUUUUUCAAUGGUCAUGGUUAAUAUAUAAUUAAAAUAUAAUGUCAUACAUUACUCAAUAACCAAUUGCAUAGAACUGCUCACAUCUCUCCAUUUGCUGGUAUAUCUCUGGAUAUAUAGUAUCGGCAGUUCCAAGUGUGUCUUCAGUUGCUGCUGCUGCUGUGUAUAUUUGUGCAAUUUAAAGAUGUUAUAUGUAGGACUUUCAUGAGAUGAAAAGUUUCAACGAAAUUCAACCGUUUCCUCCAUGGAGCUGCAGCUUUUAUUUU